GUCAUCUCAGAGAUACAACUCCCAUAUAAAUACGACACUCGUUAGGGUUUUGUUCGCCCUCGCUGAAGAUUUUCAGAAGCUCAAGCUUUAGGCCGCUUCCUCUCUUCCUCGCCUCUCCUUCCUCUCUCCCCAUCUCAGAAUGGAUUCUCAGAUCAAGCAUGCUGUUGUGGUGAAAGUUAUGGGCCGAACUGGGUCAAGAGGGCAGGUGACUCAGGUGAGAGUCAAGUUCUUGGACGACAUGAACCGGUUCAUCAUGAGGAACGUGAAGGGACCGGUGAGGGAAGGAGAUGUCCUCACCCUUCUGGAGUCUGAGAGAGAAGCAAGGAGGCUCCGUUGAGCAAAUCAUGAUUUUUAUGUUUCCCUUGAGUUUUGGUAAUGACUAUAGUGGGGUUUCUGCUGCUGCUGGUGGAUUGAAUGUGAGAGUGUUUUAACUUUAUUUUCAGUUCACAUUUUGGUCACUUUGUGUCAAACAUUUGAACUUGAUCAUGAAUGAAUUGUAGGAAAGUAUCUUACGUUUAGUGACGUGUUAUGGAUCUCCAUAUAUUGGUGCGUGA